AUGCUCCGCCGAGGCACGGUCUCGCUGUUGAGGGCCCGGCCGAAGACCGUUAACUUUGAGCCGGGCUCGAACCGCAUGCCGGAUGCCGCUGUGAUGGCGAAGGCAAAGGACAUCUUCGCGGUGCCGGAGUUCCCUGGGAAGCGGGUGCUGCACAACUGGCGCUUCUUCAUCAAGGCGGGGAAGGCGGCCACUGGCCCGCCGGUGGGGCAGGAGUUCUCGAAGCUCGGCCUGAAGGCCAUGGAUUUUGCAAAGUCCUUUAACGAUCGCACGAAGCCGCACUUCAAGGACGACGUGGAGCUCAUCGUACGCAUUCAGGUGUACUUUGACAAGUCGUACCUGUACACCAUCGAGCCGCCGCCCACGGCUUGGUUUAUUCUGCGGGCCCUGCGGAAGAAGCGCCGUGAGACCGGCCCGGUGCCGAUUCGCGGACACUACUGCGCCCUAAUGACGCUGGAGAUGGCGUACGAGAUAGCGAAGAUGAAGCCGAGGAGUUGGGGAAGGCCGGAGUACCCACUCAUUGAGACGCGCGUGCGUCGAGUGGUGGGGCAGGCGCGCCGCAUGGGCGUGUGUUUUGUCGGCGUCGACACGCCGCACAGCUCUCCCGUGAAGGGCGUGACGGAGAAGCAGUACGCGGAGGAGAGCGAGAGGUACCGUGCGAUGCACAUGGAGCAGUACGAGGCGUUGCGGCAGCGGGAGCUGGAGGAGGCACCGCUGAUCGAGCGGCUGCACCGCCCGAAUUUUGCCCCGCUUAGCGAGGCGCAGAUUGAGGAGGGGCUGAAGGAGCCCGGUCUCUUCCACGCCCUGUGGCAGGCGAGCCACCCGAAGAGCCCGUACCACAGGGACCUCAGGCAGCGCGAGAUGGCGCGGCGGUACCUCAACGCCAGGGGCUGGGUGAAGGACAUGACGCUGGACGAGAUGCAGGUGGUGUUCAUGAACUACCGACUCCCCGAGAUUGAGCGUGGGCACCAGAUGGACGAGGGAGGGAUGGAGGGCCAGGUGUACUGGACGCGGGACGGUGCACAGUAG